CUAUAGCAUGUGCUGUCUUCUAUGCGGUACUCCUGGUGUGGUUUGAUGAGAGGGAACUACAACCAAGCCAAAGCCGUUAGGGAAUGCUUCAGCAGAUUAACACAGUCAUAUACAGCCAUGCGAACCACUGGUGCAGCCCAGAUUUCCGCAGAUCGUGGGUAUGGGGACAAAGCACUCUGGGAGGCCAUCGCAAACAUGGGACUUGGAGCACUACUGAUUAUGCAUAGUACGAUGUGGAAAGGCUUUCCGGGGAUUGGACGUAGCACGGUCACAAGUAUACAGACUAGUCUAUACUCGACGACUUCCCAGGUGCCCAGUAAGCGAGAAACCACGACUCCGUGUGAUGUUCUGCGGUUCGCGUGUGAUAUUUAUCCGAACGUCAAUGGAUUUAAGAAUGUAUAUGUUGCAGUGAAGAAGCCAAGACCCAAGGCAGAUAUUCCGAUGAUAACGGGAACCCUGGGCCAAUCGCUAGCUAAGCGAUCUGCUGCAGUACGAGCAUUCAUUAUGAAGGAUGAUGGUGCUCAAAAUAACGAUGGGCUAUUAGACGACGGGAAUGAAAUGGUCAACGAAAAUGAUACUUAG